AUGACGAAGCUAAUAGUACUAUAUUUCUUUCUCAUUGUUCUUCCUUUUCUAGUCUCUGCCGAAUGCGGCUGCGGUGAAACUGAAGCGCAAGACCGAGACAAAACCAAAGCGCUACAACUAAAACUAGUGGCAAUAACUUCAAUACUUGUAGCCAGCGCAAUCGGCGUGUCGCUUCCCAUUUUGGGCAAGAAAAUCCCAACGUUGCGCCCCGAAAACGACAUCUUCUUCAUGAUCAAAGCCUUCGCGGCCGGAGUGAUUCUCGCGACCGGUUUCAUACACAUCCUGCCCGAGGCUUUCGAGAGCCUGACAAGCCCCUGCCUCGGACGAAAUCCGUGGGGGGAUUUCCCCUUCGCGGGCUUCGUCGCCAUGCUUUCGGCAUUGGCGACGAUGAUGAUUGACACUUUCGCGACGAGUUUUUACGAAAGAGCGCACUUCAACAAGGCGCUGCCGGUGAAGGACGACAGCCAUGUGCAGGGUGCGGCGCAUGAGGGGCACGUGCACGUUCACACACAUGCUACGCAUGGACAUGCUCACGGAUCGGCCUUUGUCUCGGAGGAUAUUUCGUCGGUGGAACUUGUUCGUCACCGAGUAAUUUCGCAGGUUUUAGAACUGGGAAUCGUGGUGCAUUCAGUAAUUAUUGGGAUAUCUUUAGGAGCCUCUUAUAGUCCCACUACAAUUAAACCACUUGUAGCAGCUCUAACUUUCCAUCAAUUUUUCGAAGGCAUGGGUCUCGGUGGGUGCAUUUCUCAGGCGAAAUUCAAGUCCAAGUCCAUUGUAACAAUGGUACUAUUCUUCUCCCUCACAACACCAGUUGGAAUUGGAAUUGGAAUGGGAAUAUCAAGUGUCUAUAAUGAGAAUAACCCAACUGCUCUGAUUGUGGAAGGAAUCUUCAACUCUGCCUCUGCUGGGAUUUUAAUAUACAUGGCAUUGGUUGAUCUUUUAGCUGCUGAUUUCAUGAACCCAAGAAUGCAAAGCAAUCUCAGGCUUCAGCUUGGGGCCAAUAUUUCUCUACUUUUGGGCUCAGGUUCAAUGUCCCUAUUGGCCAAAUGGGCUUAAGUUCUCUAGAUUAUUAAGGCUAACAAAUCCAUAACUUUUGUUCUUCUUGUUAAUCCAUUUUCCCUUU